AUGGAGCCCCAGGGAAUGUUCUACAUGCUCUGGCUCAUCGCCACCGAGCUCCUCAUCCCCUCCGUCCUCGUCGCGGCCGGCCUGGUCAUAGCUCUCCAGCACGGACCGGGGCUUCCCUGGGGCCUGCUGUACGGCCUGGGAAUCGCGGUCGCGGCCGACUUCCUGUGGGUUCCGCUCUUCGCGCUGUACCGCCGCCGCCGCGGCGACGCCGGGCCGUCCGCGCUGCCGCCGCUGGCGGUACUGGACGCGGAUGGUGCGCAAGACAUGCAUCAGGAGCUGUGUGCCCUGGGCGAGACGGGCGCGGCGAUCGGGGCGCCGGAGGUGAUGACGCAGUGGUUCAAGAACGCGGGCGGCAUGGGGCCGUCGCCCAAGUACGGCGACAUGGUCGAACUCACCGUGUUCGGCCACUAUUAUCGCACGGUGGACGAAUUGAGGGCGGAGCCGGACGGGGAGCAGCGGCUGCAGCACAUCCACGAGGAGCUGGCGGAGCUGCAGGAGCAGUGGGGCCACCAGUUCCCCAAGGGAAAGACUCCGGGGGUGUCUAUUAAAGCCUACAUCCACGACCCCUGCUGGGGCACGUGGCUGCCGCUGUGGCUGUACGUCGUGUCGGAGGUGGCGCAGAUGUGGAGCUGCGUCGUGAUGCUCUUCCUCGGCUACAGGCGCGUCGCGCCGUGGACGUGGGCGGUCACCGGGACCCCCCCCGGCAAAACCCAACACACCCCCAACCCCGUCUGCGCGAACCAGGGCCCGCUCGGGACCCAGGUCACCUCCUCGUCGCACGACGAGCGCGUCCCCCUCGCCAACGCGUCCGUGGGGGGGUCUCCCGCGGGCAGCGACACGCAGCCAACCCUCACCAUGGCGGGGUCCGGCUCCCACUCCCCCCGCAACACCCCCCUCAAGCCCCCGGCGAUCGUCUUCCUGCACGGCAUCGGCAUCGGCCUCGCGCAGAACAUGCUCGUCCUGCGCCGCCUGCGCGCCCGGUACCCCGCCUCCGACAUCGUCGUGCGCGAGAUGCCGCACGUGUCCCUGCGCUUCCCGCGGUGGCGCGACGCGUCGCCGCCGUGGGCCCACGACGUCGCCGACGACGUCGUCCGCGACCUCCGCGCCCUCGGGCACGCGAGCGCGGUCUUCGUCGCGCACAGCUACGGCACCUUUGUCGCCGCCGCCGCCCGCAAACAGCACCCGGCCGCCGUCGCCGGCAUGGUCCUCCUCGACCCCGUCUGCUGCCUCCUCAACCUCCCGCGCGCCGUCUCGGGCUUCCUGUACGAGGGCCCUCGCUGGAACAUGGGCAUGCGCGCCUUCGUCAAGGACACCGUCGUCACGGCGUUCGCACGGGACCCGAUCGUGCGGUUCUCGAUCCAGCGGCGCUUCAUGUGGCACCGCUGCGCGCUGUGGCCGAACGAGGUGCCGCCGGGCUCGGUCAUGUGGGUCGGCGCGACGGACCCGCUGAUUCCCGCCAACCAUAUCGCGCGGCACUUUCGGAACGCGCGCGUGCUAGAGCAGCGGUGCUCGCACGCGGACGUGCUGUCGAAUCCGGAGUUCGUGGACAGGAUUCUCGACGCGAUGGGCCCGCUGAUGGCGCAGGCGCCCGAGGCGGCGCCGCGCAGGGGGGGGUCGGAGCGGGACGCGGGGGAGUCGGCGCGCGGGCUCGGGCUGCGCGGGAACGGACGCAGGCGGCGAGCGGGCAACGCUGUGCGGCGGUCCGUGGCCUAG